CAUUUAUUAUUAUAAAAUAAAGCCUAUUGCCUGCAAAGUUUAUACAUUGUAACGCAUUUAUGAAUUUAUUAUAAGCACACGUCGGAGUCUACCGUGUUUGUAAAAUGGAGCAUGUCAAACAUGUUCUAACAAUCAGUAACUAUAAGUUACAACUAAAUCAUAGAAAUGACUCUUAUCGAGGGCGUUGGAGACGAAGUGACAGACUUUUUUAUUAUUGUGAUCGUCCUCGUAGUAGGAUGGCUUGCCUGGUAUUCUACAAGUAUUACAGAGGAUCACCCAUUGAUACGCACAGUACUCGUGGUGCAUAGAACACGCACACGCCUUGCUGAGACGUACAGAGCCAUUCACCAAAAUGCUAGUUCGUUUUCAAGACCUCCCAAUUUGGAGGUGACCGAAGACGAAGAAACAAUUGCGGAUGAUAAUAGUGGUGGCAAUUCGCAGAAUUCCUCCGAUUCAUCUGCUGCAGAUGCAAACGGAGGAAUUACUCCUGAAACAAAUGGAACACCCGAGGCAGCAGCUACAGAGCAAGUACUUAUCGAAGCCAUGGAUUCAUUUAAUAAUGAUAACGCGACGUUACUGCAAAAACAAACUAAGAUAAAUCCUUCCAAGGAAACGACUAUAUCGUCGUCGACGUGUAACGAACCUCCAGAACAGAAAGUUGAAAACGAUGCUAACAAAAUUAGCAUAAAACUCAAGUUUAUAAACGACGAUCAAAAGUUGGUUACUGGUAGUCUUAAAGAGUUUUUAGGAGAUUUUAAAAGGAGGCACUUUCAAACUGAGCUCAAUGCACAAAAGUUAGUGCGUUUAGUCUUUAAUGGCCGAGUGUUGCAGCCCGAUAAUCAAACGUUGGAGAAAUGUGGCAUGUUCAACAAUUGUGUCGUUCAUUGUUUGGUACACCAGCCACGACAGAACCCUGCACCGUCUUCGGCUUCGACGUUGGACAAUUCGUCACCGAUUUAUUUUAAUCCUCAAGCAUUCUCCGACAUCCCCGUCGGCACGGAACUCAGCUCGGUACACAACGACUGGGACUUGAGCAGGCCUUUAGUAAUCAUUGUUACUCUCAUAUUGAGCUUAGCUUGGUACUUCCGAUACCACUGCGCUCAAUUCUUUACCACGAGCGCUACGGUUGCAUUAUAUGCGAUCACUGUCAUUUUCGGAUUGUCGAUAACAUUAAUGGUGUAUCAGUAACGAGGAAAUCUGUGACAAAUAAGGCAGUUGAAAACGUUCAGAUCGUGAUUUUGUGAACGUGUUUUUAACACAACAUCAUUUCAUCGUAUUGGUUCCUGACAUUAAUCAGAACGAGACAUACAAGUUGUUAUUUUUACCAGUUCGUAAACAGGGCUCACGAAAAUAUGAGGUGCAAUAAAUUCGAACGCGAUUACUAUUUUAAUAGCAUUUGUUCGCUCAGACGUAUUUGUGAAAUCCUGGAUAAACGUUAUUCGUGUAUUUAAUUGGGCAUAAUAAAUAUCGCAAGGAACUAAUUGCAGCAAUGUUCUCAACGAAAAAAAUUUCAUCACAUUUCUACGUUCUCAAUUUACGUGCAAAGUACAGUCAUGCAUUCGUAACGAUGUACGAUCUAUAAUUAAACAUACGUACUAGAAGAAACCAAUUAUACUUUUAUAAUCUUCCGGAGCUUAUGAUGUUAAUUUCAGUUUCAAGCACCGUCACAUAAAUUGUUAAAAAAAAAGUUGAUAAAAAUCGUCAACAGUGUAUGUACAUAAUUUUCACGGUUUAUUAAAUAAUCGUAAUUAUAACUUUUUAGGAAAAGAUGUCAUCUCCGUAAAAGUUUUGUUAUAUUUUCUAACAAAUGAUGUUGACAGUGUUUUAUUAUUACUUCUGUAAUACAGUGUACUAUAGUAGUUAAUAGAAAGAUCAUACACCGUCACAAUUUUUAUUAAAUAUGAAAUAAACAGUUUCGUAUUUAUUUCA